AUGCCUGUAGUCCCAGCUACUCAGGAAGCGAAGGCAAGAGAAUCACUUGAACCCAGGAGGCAGAGAUUGCAGUGAGCCAAGAUUGCACCACUGCACUCCAGCCUGGACAACAGAGUGAGACUCCAUCUCAAAAAAAAAAAAAAAAAAAAAGCCAUCGUUUUCCACACUGCAGUGCCCCAGCUAGGGCAGGGGGUCAGAGGGUGCGUGAGAGCCUUGGGAUCCCGUCUGACAGGCUGGAAGGAGGGCAGGGAAGGUCACCUGAGUGGUGCCAAUGGCCUCGGGGGCAAAGCAUUUCGCCUGGGCCAGUCUGCUCCAGGUAAGGCAUGUCUGACACAGGAAAAGGGUAGUAGAAAGGAAUGUGGCUCACCCGAGGAACAUUUUCCCAACGGUAAGUAAAGCCACUGAGCCAGGACAGGGAUGAUGUGAGUAUAGUGGGGAAUGUGGGCAUGAGUUUGAAGAAGUGGGUGGGGGACAGUUCAGAAGUCUGGAAUGCCCGGUUAAGGAGUUUCGCUUUGGCAGACAAUAGGGAGCCAUUGAAUGUUUUCGAGCAUGAGCAUGACUUCAUGAAAGCAGUAUUUUGGGAGAAUCAGAACAGUUUCAGACCAACUGGAGAGGAUUUAAUUUCAGAUCAACUCAUGGUUCCAGAACCUGAGCUCUUACCCUCUCAGCUAUGACUAGAGCAGGCCCUGAAGAGGGUGUAGAGUUUGGGAAGGAAGCAAGAAGUGAGGAAGACAGGCCUGGGAGAGGAAGCCACCAGCCUGAGCAAGCCUGGCAGAUAGACACGGCCAGACUUGGUAGGGGCGAGCCGGCUUGGCCAGAGCGAGGAGGGUCUAUGCUGAGGUCUACGGAUGGUAGUGAAAACAGUGAUGGUGCAGGGGUGGGGGAGACUGGGGUCCACUUCUUCAGCCCCUACUGUCCUGGCAGCUUCAGGGUGGGCCCGAGGCAGCCUCCAGCUUCAGCGACCACCCCUGUUCCUCUUGCCAGGUUCUUUGUGAACUUCCCCUCGGCCAAGCAGUACUUCAGCCAGUUCAAGCACAUGGAGGAACCCCUGGAGAUGGAGCGGAGCCCCCAGCUGCGGAAGCAUGCCUGCCGAGUCAUGGGGGCCCUCAACACUGUCGUGGAGAACCUGCACGACCCCGACAAGGUGUCCUCUGUGCUGGCCCUUGUGGGGAAAGCCCAUGCCCUCAAGCACAAGGUGGAGCCAGUGUACUUCAAGAUCCUCUCUGGGGUCAUUCUGGAGGUGGUCGCCGAGGAAUUUGCCAAUGACUUCCCACCUGAGACGCAGAGAGCCUGGGCCAAGCUGCGUGGCCUCAUCUACAGCCACGUGACCGCUGCCUACAAGGAAGUGGGCUGGGUGCAGCAGGUCCCCAACGCCACCACCCCACCGGCCACACUGCCCUCUUCGGGGCCGUAGGACCCCUCCCUCCACCCCCCUCCCUGGCAGCACCUUGAGCAGAAGGCCGAGUUCUGAAGACCCUCCUUGAUGCUCCAUUUCUGGGUGCCAAGGAAGCUGGAGGAAUCCCUGACUCAACUUCCCCAAAGGAGGCCUCUGUGGUGGCCACGGUCCCCCCGCCUGGAGCUGCCGGGAGGCGGCGCUGGCUGCCUGGAUGCUGACCCCAGCGCGGCGGGCAGGGUGGGGGACCCUUCUUCCUCGCAGAGCGGGGCCCACUCUUCUUAGCUUUUCUACUCACUGUUAGAGGGACCUAGCUGAGCGGCUGGCGGGAAGCGGGACAGGUCUAGGAGUCCCUUGGGGAAUAAACCAGCCCCGUUUCUAUCAGCCCAGCCGGCAUGCAGGUCUGCGCAUCACCAUCUAGAGUAUCACGCACACAUCUACCAUAUAUACAGAUAUAUUCUAUAUACGAGCUAUAUAUAAAUAUAUAUAUACACAUAUAUAUACACACACGUACAUAUCUAGAAUGUGUAUCCACGGGGCCCAGAAGCCUCGGUUCGGCCCCCACCUGUGAGUGGGGCAGGGAGCGGUUCCGGUUGUGCAGAGAACAGAGUGUUCUGGCAAAGAGGAAAUCCCGCAGCAGCGCAGAGGACCUGGGCCUGGAGGGGCAGGGCUGGGGCGACCCGGCUUGGCGGCAAAGCCCAGCCCUUCUCAGACCAGCUCCCCACAUUCCUGAAUUCCACUUCCAGGCAGAAAGGAGUGGGCUCCCCCUACUCCCUCAGAGGAACUGACUCACUGACUGUCCUAGAAUGGGCAAGGGCAGAGCGAAGUUCUGGAUGGGAUGACUGCACUAGGGGAGGGGCCUCCGUCCAGAAACCUCGACCGCCAGCUCCACCUGCCUUGGCCACCAGGGUAGCCCCGGGGAAUCCGGGCUGCUGGGCAGCAGGUUGGCGGGACCACAUGCCUGGGUCUCACCCUCAGCCCCGAGGGCCGAGGGCUUUCCCCACCCCCUUCUCCUCCUGGCCGGCAGUCGGCCCUGUCUAUUUAUGUGCGCCAGCCGUGCUGGGGGGCCCCCAUGUGUGCCCCUUGGUCACAUGUAUCGUCUCCAAGGAUGUUUUGCUGCUGUGGCUACUAUGCCUGUGUCCCCUCCUGGCCCAUCCUCAUCUUCAUCUGUGUAACUGCCUGUUCUCCUUUUCUAGUUUCUGAUGUUUGUAACCAGACCCAGCUGUGUCAUUAAACAGACCUGUUCUUGCUGUA